AUGAUGCCCUUUGGAGAAACGACGCGGUCUCUUGAGGCCAUGAUGCAGCGCCUGUUGCUGCUUUCCACAGCAGACAACUCGUUGGUGUUGCUGCAGUGGAAUGAGAGGAAUGGCGACCCUAUCACAGGCUCGGGAAGCCUUGUGCUUUUAGACCAGAUCCGAUUGCCCUCCCCUGUUCUGCAGUUUCUUCGGCACGAUCCAGAAACGCCCAUCAUGGAAGCCUGUUACAUUCACGAACGCGCGUGCCGCCUUUUACGGACAUUCCCGUGGGAAGGGGAUUUGCUAGUGUCCAAGUCUGUGGCUGAAGACGACCAAAGCAAAGGGAUUGAGUCUAGCGACAGCACAAGUGCCUCUAGCACAGGUUCAAACCCUUGGAGUUGCCAAGUGGAAGGGCAUCGACUCCAGCGGUCUGCACACGCUAAAGCCAAGAGCAGGAACGUCGGAUCACUUAUUCGAGAUUUUCCUUCUUAUGGCAUUGCCAUUGUUUUGGCAAACGGUAGCAGAAUCGUGCAUACUCUGGACGACAAAGCCAUGCAACGCCGGCAACGGAAAACAUCUUUACAAGACAGCGAGGUGUUGGCGGUUUCCACUUCGCUUGCCCUUUCCGGUCUUGUGAUUUCUUUGAGGCGCUCCCAUGAUGGGCAUCUGAAGUUGUGUCUAGAAGACAACGAAGGCAAUUUUCAUUUCAUUGGGAAGCUCGAUUUGCAGGACGCUCCGGGAGGUGAAUCCGGCUUUCGGUCCAGCCGGGUUUAUGUUGGAGCCGCGUGA